AUGACCAAACUUCAAGGUAUUUUCGCUGCUGUUCCAACGCCUCUCACUGCUGAUGGUAAAGCAAUUGACAUUUCAAAUAUUUCAAAGCAAGUCGAAAGGUUUGUCGAUGCUGGUAUCCAUGGUGUUGUAACCACUGGUACUACUGGAGAAUUUCCUGCUCUUACAACUGAAGAACACAAGAGUGUUAUCAAGGCUUACAUUGAUGCUGCAAAUGGAAGAUUUCCAGUGAUUGCAGGUCUCGGUAGUAACAGCACACAACAUGCAAUCGAAAUGGCACAAUUCUCUGAAAAUGCCGGUGCUGCUUCUAUUAUGAUUGUUCCUCCCUUCUACGAUCCGCUUUCUUUCAAGGCUCUUUACAAGUUUUAUGAAGAUGUGUGUGGAUCUAUCUCAAUACCUGUUAUGUACUAUAAUUUACCAGGCGCGACUGGUGUUCACCUUACUGCAGCUCAAAUUAGGCAACUCGGUGAAAUCAAGGGUUUUGAUUAUAUGAAAGACACUUCUGGUAAUGCUAAGGAACUUGCAGACCUCCUUACCAACCCGUCUGAUAAGAUCACUGCAUUUAAUGGAUGGGAUACUUUAACUUUCUUUGCUAUGUCCCAUGGGGCUCAAGCUGGUGUAUGGGGUGUUGCAUCUGUUGUUCCAAAGGAAUGUGUUGAGCUUUGGAAUACUUUUACAAAAGAAAAGAACCUUGAUAAGGCUAGAGAACAAUGGAAAUUCCUUUGGAAAGUAAGUGAUUUUUUGGAGGGUGUUAACUAUCCAGCUGGUAUUAAAGCAGGCCUUGAUAUUAUUGGGCACUCUGCUGGACCUGUGAGAUUGCCAACACUUCCAUUAGAAAAGGAAGAUAUCGAAAAGUUUACUGAAAUUCUUGAACAGAGAAAAUAUAAAUAA